CCUGUCCCUGCUCAGACACUGUCACCGCUGGGCCCGGCACAGGCAGCACCACCCGGCACCCACAGGUGCCAGGGAAGAGGAGAGGUGGCUGUGGCAGUGGUGGAGGUGGCUCCGAUCCAUUGAGGGAUAACAAAGCAUAGCACAGGCUGCCAUGGACGGGGCCCCGCCGCCCACCAGCCCCACCGGGCUCUCGGCGUACGUGGCCGUGUCGCAGCUGCUGGGCCUGACGCUCCUGGCCACCACAGGUGCCUGGCUGGGCCGCUACCGGGGCGGCGUGGCCUGGCACAGCCCCCUCCAGUUCAACGCCCACCCCCUCUGCAUGGUGCUGGGCAUGGUGUUCCUCCAAGGUGACGCUCUCCUGGUGUACCGGGUGUUCAGGCACGAAGCCAAGCGCUCCACCAAGGCACUGCACGCGUUGCUCCACGGCCUGGCCCUGGCCAUCGCCCUGGUGGGCAUCAUCGCCGUCUUCGAGUCACACCGGACGAAGGGCAUCCCUGACAUGUACAGCCUGCACUCCUGGUGUGGGAUGGCCACCUUCGUGCUCUACCUCCUGCAGUGGUUCCUGGGCUGUGGUUUCUUUCUGUUCCCCGGCGCCUCCUUCUCGCUGAGAGGGUGGUACAAGCCCCAGCACAUCUUCUUUGGCAUCACCCUCUUCAUCCUCUCCAUCGCUUCCUGCUUGUUGGGAAUUACUGAGAUGCUCCUCUUCAAAAUCAGUGAUUCCUACAGCCACUUUGUGCCUGAGGGCAUCCUGGCCAACACCCUGGGGGUGCUGCUGGUGGCCUUCGGGCUGGUGGUGGGCUACGUGCUGACACGGGAGGAGUGGAAGCGCCCACCACUGGCAGAGGAGCUGGCCCUGUCCAUGGACUUCAAGACCCUGACAGAGGGAGAGAGCCCUGGCGGUGGCAGCCAGUGACAUCCGCAGCUCCUGGUCUCCAGCAUGGGCUCCUUGUGAUGUCUGAAAUGCUCCUGUGCACCCUGUCCCUGGUGGUUUGCAUCUCCGCCCAGCCCAGGGCGACGAGGACAGCUGGAGAAGGACAUGCUUGGUGCAAUGCUGCCUGCUGGACUCAGCUUGGCUUGGCCUUAAUCAUCCUAAGCUCUGCCCAGUGCAGGCCCUGGUGACCCCUGAACCCGUCCCAGCCCUGUGGGAAUGGCAGUGCUGUGGGCAGGGCAGGGGCACGAAGGAGAGGGGUCUCCGGGCUCUUCCUCUUCCCUGCUCUGGGGACAGAGUGGGAGCAGAGAUUUCUGCACUGUGGGCUGUUCUCAGUGCUGAUGGGCAGAGGGGAUGUUUGCCACAUGUUUGUCACCAGGAUGUCCCCCUCACUGGCAGCCCCUCACCCUCCAGCACGGCCCCGUGGUGGGGACGCUCCCCUAAAGGGCUCCCGGGGGGUUCGGAGUGACCCUAUGCCUGUGCAGGUUCAGCAGCUUCGUGUCUGAAGUGUUUUCUCCCCACGCAUGAUGUGUUUGCUCAGUGGAUGCUCCUGACCUAAUAAAAUGUU